CUCAUGAUGAUCUUGCUUGUUCACGUGCCUUUUCCUCCACUCCACAUGAACUAUUACAAAAAUCAACCGUCUAGGAAUCCACGAGACUUUCUCUUUUUAGUCACUUCCACCCCGGGAAGUCUUCGAUUGCACAAUUUCUUUCCUCACUCUUGAAGAUCCUGCUUCAUUUUCCUCACUCCUCCCGUCCUUAAUUGUCCUUUCCUUCCUUUAACAAACUCUUUUAGUUAAAUCUUACUCCUCUCUUGACCUCAAGUACUCAAUAUUCACAAAUCGAAACCUUUAAUUCACUCAUAUUAUUAUUGGUUUUCUCUACGCUCCAAUCAGUUCACAAAUUCUUUGCCGGAAAUACAAAUACUCUUAACUAGUUCCUACCCAUAUCCCCUGCUCUGGAAUUCCCUAAUUACAAUAUAAUACUUUGAUCCAUCACCAAUAUAUAAUCAUGUCUCAGUCGUCACCCCCUGCAACCAUUCCAAAUGUCAUCAAAUUUGCAUUCGGAGGUUUAUCCGGAAUGGCGGCGACCUGCGUCGUGCAGCCCUUAGAUUUGGUCAAGACACGGAUGCAACUGAGUGGAACAGGGUCAGGAAAGAAGGAGUAUAAGACAAGCUUCCACGCUGCGAGAGCAAUUCUAAAACAGGAGGGAAUCUUCGCCAUGUAUAAUGGUCUUUCCGCUGGUCUAUUGCGACAAGCCUCCUACACCACGACACGACUCGGUAUAUAUACCUGGCUUUUCGAAAACUUUUCUGGAAAGGAUGGAGCGCCACCAGGCUUCCUGAUAAAAGCGGCCCUAGGCAUGACUGCUGGAGUCAUUGGUGCAUUUGUGGGAACACCAGCUGAGGUUUCCCUUAUCCGUAUGACUGCCGAUGGAAAAUUACCAGCCGCAGAAAGGCGCAAUUACACGAGCGUUUUUAAUGCAUUGGCUCGAAUGGUCAAGGAGGAAGGUGUUUUAACUCUGUGGAGAGGAGCAAUUCCAACGAUGGGCCGAGCUGCUGUCGUGAACGCUGCCCAACUUUCGUCAUAUUCCCAAGCCAAAGAAGGGCUCAUGAGCACAGGAUGGUUUAGUGAAGGCAUAUUCUUGCAUUUUUGUGCAAGCAUGAUUUCUGGUCUGGUAACCACUGCGGCAUCAAUGCCUGUGGAUAUUGCAAAAACUCGAAUCCAGAAUAUGAAAAUGAUUGAUGGAAAACCAGAGUAUAAGGGAGCUGCCGAUGUCCUCGUAAAAGUCAUCAAGAACGAGGGGGUUUUCGCUUUAUGGAAAGGUUUUACUCCAUAUUACGCAAGAUUGGGCCCACACACGGUCCUUACCUUCAUCGCACUAGAAUAUAUGACUGGCUGGUACAAGCGCAACAUCUUGGGAAUUGCUGGAGCUAAAGGCGGUGGUUUGUAAUAAUGAUGAGAACAUAUUCUUCAAUGUCCUGUGAAAUAACCAAAUAUGAUCAAAAAUUAGUCCAUGUCUGCAAUGCUGAUGAUUAAACAUACUUAACGCGGUAUAACAAGAUAUUCAUUCUCAUCUUAGUCAUUUGUAUGACCCGGACUAAAUUAACUGUUUGUAAUAAAUUAGAACGAUCAAAUAUUUUUGUUUACUGUUAUGUAUACAUUUGUUCAGUGUAUUUUGUUGUACUAAUCCCAGUUAUGUUUUGAAGAUUUUAAUGUAAUGCCAAUUGCCGAACUCUAUUAGAGUUCAAUUCAGUCAUUUCCAGGGAAGAAAUUUAGCAUGUGUUCGGAAAGUACAUGUAUAUGUAUAGUAUAUUGUUAUCUAAAUCACACGCGACAAUAGUUAUGUUAUAUGUAUGUAUAUUGUGAUCAUGAGUAUGAGAAUAUGAUAAUCAUAUAGUAAGUACCUACUUUAGUAUAGACAAUUGUUCUUCAGACAUGCCACCACAAUCGAAUUUACUUUCCUCGUUCAGCAGCAUCAGUCAAUAGGAAUACGAAGACCAGCAAAAUAGUAUGUAGUAAAAUCAAAUAUAACUGUUAUUACUAGACUCCAAUUGAUGCGAAUUCAAUAAAAGGACCAUAAAAUUCUCCUUAAA